AUGAAUGCAAUAAAAUACUCACCGAGUUAUACAAUGCUGUCCCUAAUAGUGAUAACCGCACUAAUACUGGGCGUCAGUGCCCAACACCAUCCGUGGGAUCCGCAGCCCCGGGACGCCGGUUGGCUCCAACAUCACGAGCGUCUGGUCAACCAAACACUGACUCACAUGAAAGAGGAGCAGAUCGUGUUUGUGGGCGACUCCAUCACUGAGGGCUGGGGCGGCAAUGGAAAGGCUGUUUGGGCCAAAUACUACACACCCAGACAUACCUUCAACUAUGGCAUCGGCGGUGAUAGGACUGAACACGUGAUCUAUCGGAUCCAACACAAAGAGUUUGAUGGUCUAAAGCCGAAGGUCACUAUUCUUAUGAUCGGCACAAAUAACGCGGCGUCCAAUACUGUUGAAGACAUCGCCCACGGAGUGGAGGAGACAGUGAAGGAACUGUUGGUCAAAAUGCCCGAAACAAAGCUUAUACUGUUGGGAGUGUUCCCCAGAGCCGAGCCAUUGGGCGCUAAAGUGAAACAAGUGAACACAAUAAUCAAGAAAUUGAAUAACGAUAAGAAUGUAUUCUGGCUGGACAUGUGGUCAGCCUAUGAGAGCGCUGACGGACACCAAAAGACUGAGCUCUAUGUGUCCGACAAACUGCACCUCAACGAGAAAGGUGUACUGUUCUGCAACAUUCUUUGGGCCAUGUUAUGGGUGGCCGCGGGGCACCCAUGGGAACCCGAGGGGCGCACCGAUGAACCCGGUUGGGUGACAAAGCACCAGAGGUUAGUGAACCAGACCCGGGACCACAUGAAGGACGAGGUGAUAGUGUUUGUGGGCGACUCUAUAACCCAUAAUUGGGCCAAUCUUGGAGGCACUGUAUGGGACAAACACUACCGGCGCCGACACGCCUACAAUUACGGUGUGGGCGGCGAUCGCACCGAAAACGUGUUGUACAGAAUCGCUAACAACGAGUUUGACGGACUCGACCCUAAAGUGAUUGUCCUUAUGAUAGGCACAAAUAAUAUCAACUUUAAUAACACUCUCGACGAUAUUGAACAUGGUGUGCGGGAAGUAAUCAAACAAUUGUUGGCCAAAAUGAGCAAUUCUAAAAUGAUAUUGUUGGGUGUGUUGCCCAGGGGUGAACCGUUGGGUGACAAAUGCAAACAACUCAAUGCAUUGAUUAAAACGCUGGCAAAUGAGACAAAUGUCCACUUUUUGGACAUGUGGUCAGCAUUUGAGAGUCCGGACGGACGACAGAAAACUGAACUAUACGUCGACGAUAGAGUCCAUCUCAAUGUAAAGGACUUAAACAAAAGUGAUCACUCAAUACAUACCAUCGAUCCCUUCUUAUCAAAGGGCGUGUCUUCACCGGAGAAGUGUUUAUCCGAUUUAAUAGCCAUUAUAAUGAAGAACAUGUUUGAGACCAACGAAAACACUUUCACUUCUCUCAGCAUAUUAUCAAAUGAAUUGCAUUUGCGGUCAGAAAAGGCCGAACCCAUGGCUUUCGUCGACUCGUCGAUAUAG